UCACUUUGUUUAUUCCACCAAAAUUUCAAUGGCUUCUUCUUCCGAUGCCAACAAAGAGAUAGAAAAAGAGCUUCUACCCCUUAUCCGUGUCUACAAAGAUGGCACCAUAGAGCGUCUCAUGAGCUCUCCAAUGGUUCCACCUUCCCUUCAAGACCCUCAAACUGGUGUCUCCUCCAAAGAUAUUGUUAUCUCCAAUCAUAACAACCCCGCCCUCUCUGCUCGCAUUUUCCUUCCAAAAUCCCACCACAAAAACCAGAAACUUCCCAUCUUACUCUACUUUCAUGGCGGGGCUUUCUGCGUCGAAUCGCCUUUUUCCUUUUUGUGCCACCGUUACCUCAACCUGUUAGUUUCAGAAUCUAAUAUAAUAGCUGUUUCUGUUGAUUUCAGACUCCUUCCACUACAUCCUCUUCCUGCAGCUUAUGAAGAUGGUUGGACUUCUCUCCAAUGGGUUGCUUCACACACAAGUAAUUACGAAACAAACAAUAGUAACUUGGAAAGAGAACCGUGGUUGCUAGAUUAUGGUGAUUUCAACAAAGUUUACAUAGGUGGUGAUGUCAAUGGUGCUAACCUUGCUCAUAACUUAGCUAUGCGUGCUGGAUCUGAAACAUUACCAAACAACCUUAAAAUAUUGGGGGCAUUACUAUGUUGUCCUUUUUUCUGGGGCUCAAAGCCAAUUGGGUCAGAGCCUGUAGAGGAGCAUGAGAAUAGCUUGGCUAUGAAAGUGUGGAACUUUGUGUACCCUAAUGCAAAGGGUGGGAUUGAUAACCCCAUGGUCAACCCUUGUGCACCAGGUGCACCUAGUUUGGCUACACUUGGGUGUUCUAAGAUACUAGUUACUAUUACUGACAAAGAUGAGUUUAGAGACAGAGAUAUGUUGUACUACGAAUCGGUAAAAAAAAGUGGGUGGCAAGGUCAACUUGAACUUUUUGAAGCUGGAGAUGAGGAACAUGGUUUCCAGAUGUUCAAACCUGAAACUGAUAGAGCCAAACAAUUUCUCAAACGCUUGGCAUCUUUUCUUGUUUGAGUGAAAAAAAAGUAUUGUUGUGUGGGAGGAAAAAGUUCUUAGUUGUUUUAUUGUUGAACUUUAUAAAUGAUUGAUCAAACUCAUCAUGUAGCUGAUAACUAAACAAAGUUCAACAUGUGUUCAGGAAGAAAAUAAAUUCCUUUUGUAAUCAUCAUGUCCCUGUCUAUUAAAUUGUGUUUGGUUUUUCCUAAUA